AACUCAACUUUGUUAUUAAGUGCGAAAUUUAAGGCUAGCCAUUUAUAACCCAAUAAAAAAUAAAAACCACAAAAGUUAACUCUCUAAUAUCCUCUACACAUCCAAAAUAAAAAAAUAAAGAGCAAAACCAUGUCCAAAGUGGAUCCCUACACACACCUCAAAAUCUCCCUCAACCCCGACGGCUCACUGACCCGCCACCACCUCAGCCUCCCCACCUCCGCCGCAACCGGCGAAACCUCCGGCCACGCCGUCCUCAGCAAAGACAUAACCCUCGACGCCGCCAAGAACACGUGGCUGCGGAUCUACCUCCCCGCCCGCCUCCCUUCCAACGACAACACCGUCGCCCGCCUCCCCCUCAUCUUCUUCUUCCACGCCGCCGGAUGGAUCCGCGCCGCCGUCGCCGACGCCGCCACCCACGACUGCUGCAACCGCAUCUCCGCCGAGGUCCCCGCCGUCCUCGUCGCCGCCGAGCUCCGCCUCGCCCCUGAGAACCGCCUCCCCGCGCAGUACGAGGACGCGGCCCACGCUGUUGCCUGGGUCCGGGACCAGGCCGCGGAUGGCGGUGGCGAUCAGUGGAUCAGAGACUACGCCGAUUUAUCGCGGUGCUACCUCUACGGCGCCGGCUGUGGCGCUAACGUAGCGUACCACACCGCCCUGCGGCUGCAGGACGCGAAGCUGCAUCCGCUGAAAAUGGCGGGAACCAUUUUGAACCAGCCGUUUUUCGGGGGGAAGCAGCGGACAAAGAGUGAGCUAGAGCGGGCCGCGGAUGAUAAUUUGCCGCUGCCCGUGCAAGACUUACUGUGGGAGCUGGCGCUGCCAGUUGGGACGGAUAGGGAUCACCGGUUCAGUAAUCCGUUCGUGGCAAAGGAGGAGGUGAAGAAUUUAGGGAGGUGUUUGGUUAUAGGGUUUGGCGGGGACCCGUUGAUUGACCGGCAGCAAGAUUUGGUUAAAAUGCUGGCGGAGGAGGGGGUGGCGGUGGAGGCGCAUUUCGAAGACGGCGGGUUCCACGGCGUCGAUAUGGUGGACUCCAAGAGGGCGACGACGGUUCUCAAUUACAUCAAAACUUUUGUUUGAUAUAUUAAGUUAUUCAUGAGAUAAUUUGUAGAUGUGACUCUAUAAUCUACUAUACAGAUUUUUAUUGAUUGGUCUUUGC